UUUGUUAUUACAUGUUAUAAUAUUAUAUACUGUUAUAAUACAUGUUUUAUACCUAUCUAUUAUUUAAAAUCUUGUGUAAUUGUUUGUAAUUGAGUGAAUUUGACACGUAAUAUUUACAAUUUUGAACAAUUAAAUCUCAUCUGCUGAAUCAAUAUCUAUUGUUUAAAAUGUCUACCGAUAACAUUAAUUUAGAGGAGAUGGUUGAGAAAACACUGGAAUCUACUGGUGUCUUGCCUAAAAUGAGAGCAGAACUUCGAGCAAACGUUUUUCAUGUUCUUGAAAAAGGUUCUUCAUUUCAGAAUAAACUGUAUACAGACAAAAUUAAAGACUUUGUUUCUAAUAAUAACGGAUCAUUAUUGUUAUCUUUGGUUAAAGAUUUGUUUGAAUAUUUAGAACUAACAUUUACCACAUCAGUAUUUGAUUCUGAAACUGGUGCUACUCAACAAUAUCAAUAUAAAGAUAAAAAUGAUAUUUUUGAAGAACUUUCUCUUUCAAAGGAUGAUAAAAGGCCUUUAUUGUUACAAAUUCUCGAAACAUACCAGUCACAAUAUAAAUCAACCAAUGAAGCCAUUAAGCAUAAUAAUACAACACAACAUAAUAAUAUAACACACAAGGAAUCUUCAUUGGCACAAAUAUUACAAAAUAACUCUGAAAUAAUAAAAUCAACACUUGACAAUAAUAAAUCAAUGAGUAUAUCACCUGUUAAAACAAAAUUAUUUGAAGAAAAUACACAUUAUGACAGUCAAACAGGAUCAUUGUCACCUAUGAAUCUUAAUUUAUCAGAUAAUAUACACGUAAAAGAUAUUGAAAGCUCUGAAAGUUUAAAUAGUUUAAACAUAGAAAAGUUAUCACCAAUCAAAAUAUCUUCCACUAUUGAUCAAAAUGAAAACACCGAUGAAGAUAUUAAGUUUGAUUUAAAAAGUAAUAAAAAUGAAUCUAGUUUAGAAGAUAUUGAAACUGAUGAAAAUCUCUCAUGUGGUAAUGAUAGCUUACCAAGCACUGAUUUAUCUACUCAGAAUGGCAGUCCUGAAAUGAUAAGGACUCAUAACAUUCAUCUUUGAAUAAUAAUAAGAUUUUAGACUUCUGAUGUUUAUUUUUUAUUU